GCUCCCCAUUCCCACCACACCAACCACCCCACGCACCCAACACACAUCAGCAAUGGCCAAGUCCUUGCGUUCGAAGGUCAAGCGCUCCUUCCGCAACAAGAAGCGGGAAGACAGCGUCUACGCGGCCACCGAGGCUGCACGGCUAGAGCGGCUCAACGCCAAGCUACGAAACACAAUAGCGACCGACGCAGACGGCGAUGUCGCGAUCGCAGACGAAGAAGACAGGAGGAAAGAUGAUAUACCAGCCGAUGGCACGCCCGGGGGUGACGACGGCGAGAGGAUAGCAGGAGGAGGCGAGGGCGACGACGCAGGCGCAGAUGGCUCUAUGGAUGUCGAUGGCGCACCCAAGCAAACUACAGCGUCGAAACGCGUGUCGACCCAUGGUCCCCGAGGCUCGCGCCGGGAGGAGUGGCGGUUAUCGAAGGGCAUGCCUGCGCGCCCGAAGUCGAAGGGUCUCAACCGGCAAGGAGGAAUAGCAGCACGGGUUCGUCCGGGACGUCCCAAGAGGAGAAGAUGAAGCGCAUUGCAUUGCAUUGUCUGUUGUAUCAUGUACUAUACCCUACUUUAUCAUCGCACUGGUGUGCACCUCACCAUCGGGACAAUUCAUAGAUUGCAUCCUGGGAUUC